AGCCUUGUAUUUGCGGUAAGUGAAAGUCCUGAACAGAGACUCCAACUUGCUUUCAUUCACUCUCUGUUCAAUUUUUUGUUGCUUUCCUCUCUGUACCUCAACGAGGUUCCUCCAAAACUCUCUCUUUCUUCAUGUCUUCUACAUUGUCUUCUUCUUCCUCUCUCCCCUCAAAACCUUAAACUUCACAACUGGGGCAGCACUUAAUCAUCUCUUCAUUCUUCACGUUCUUUAACUUCAUCACAUUGCUAUCAUCACCACAAGACAUUUUUCCCUCCCUUUUUUUUAUCUGUUUGAAUAGAGAAACAUAUACCAAAAGGUGAAAGUCAACAGAAAUUAAGGUUGUCCUGUCCCCGUGGAUAGACUUGUCUUAUGACUUUCACAAUCUCCAUUUUGGUGUGUGAGCAUAACCUCAGAAAGGAGGAGUGUUGAUUGAAAGAAGGAAUACAUUUUGUGACUGUAAUUGAGUGGCUUUGUUUCUGGACAGAGAAAGCUACAUGAAGUUGUGAGUUUUGUCCCAACAAUGAGAGAUGAGAACUCGAAGAAGAGCAAGCUUUUUUGGCCAAAAACAUUGGUCAAGAAGUGGUUUAAUAUCAAGAGCAAAGCUGAGGAUUUUCAGGCAGAUGAUGUUCUCUCCCAAGGGGUUGAUGAAGAGUGUAGUAGCAACUACUCUGAGAGGGAGGCAUGCACCAUCAGGAAAAGCAAAUCAGAGAGAUCAAGCAGAUGGUACUCGGACAGAGUGCGAAGAGGUAAGAAUGACCUUGAUAAAGCUCAGGUUACAGAUGUGUAUAACUAUAGAAUCUUUGUUGCCACUUGGAAUGUAGCAGGGAAGUCACCUCCAAGUUAUUUGAGUCUUGAAGAUUGGCUUCACACCUCUCCACCAGCUGAUAUCUAUGUUCUUGGAUUUCAAGAAAUUGUACCUCUUAAUGCUGGUAAUGUUUUGGGAACAGAAGACAAUGGUCCUGCAAGAAAAUGGCUAGCCCUUAUUAGGAGGACCUUGAACAACCUUCCUGGAACAAGUGGAGGAUGCCACACACCUUCACCCCUCCCUGAUCCUAUUGUAGAGCUAGAUGCUGAUUUUGAGGGAUCAGUGAGGCAGAAGGCAACCUCUUUCUUUCAACGAAGAUCCUUCCAAUCCUUGAGUCGUAGUUUGAGAAUGGAUAAUGAUAUGUUAAUGCAACAAGCUUGCCUUGAUCGUCGUUUCAGUGUCUGUGAUAGAGUGAUAUUUGGUCACAGAGCGAGUGACUAUGACCCCAAUUAUCGAUGGGGUUCCUCAGAUGAAGAAAAUGGCGCUGGUGACUCUCCAAUUACAGCACAGUAUUCACCGAUGUCAUACGGUGGUUGUUUCUCUGCAGAGGAUAGUGACAGACAGACAGGCCACUCAAGAUACUGCUUGGUUGCUAGCAAGCAAAUGGUUGGGGUAUUUCUAACUGUUUGGGUGAAAAGUGAUAUAAGAGAUGAUGUUCACAACAUGAAAGUGUCUUGUGUUGGCCGAGGGUUAAUGGGAUAUCUCGGAAACAAGGUACAUUUGACCAUCUAUUUCAAUAGCAGAGUUUAUAAUGGACUAGGGAAGGAAACAAUUUCAUUGUCUUGGAUUUUCCAGGGAUCAAUAUCAAUUAGUAUGUCAUUGCACCAAACAAGCUUUUGCUUCAUUUGUAGUCAUUUGACUUCUGGACAAAAGGAUGGUGAUGAGUUAAGGAGAAAUUCAGAUGUAAUGGAGAUUCUCAGAAAGACAAGGUUUCCCCCAGUCCACGACAUGGGUGAUGAGAAUUCUCCUCAGACAAUUCUGGAACAUGAUCGAAUAAUUUGGCUGGGGGAUUUAAAUUACCGGAUAGCCCUUUCUUACCGUGCAGCAAAAGCUCUUGUUGAGAUGCAUGAUUGGAAGACUUUGUUAGAGAAUGACCAGCUGUGUAUAGAGCAGAGGCAAGGUAGAAUCUUUGAAGGAUGGAACGAAGGGAAAAUAUAUUUCCCUCCAACGUAUAAGUAUUCAAAUAAUUCAGACCGAUAUGCAGGCGAUGACAGGCGCUCAAAACAAAAGAGAAGAACUCCAGCAUGGUGUGAUCGUAUCUUGUGGUAUGGAAGGGGCCUUCACCAAUUAUCAUAUGUUCGUGGAGAGUCAAGAUUUUCUGAUCAUAGGCCAGUUUAUAGCAUAUUCUUGGCAGAGGUUGAGUCUAUUAGCUGCAACCAAAUAAAGAAAAGCUCCAGUUCCAGGAUUGAUGUAGAAGAGUUGUUUCCAAAUUCACAUGGUUAUGACUACACUGAUUUGCACUACUUUUGAUGAAUGCCAAUAAUCCUUAUUCCAUUAGAUCAACUUGACUAUUUUGAGGGAACAGAAGGUCUACCAAGCAAGAAGUUGAUGGUAGAAAUAUUUCAGAGAUUUCUUGAUAGCAAUGGAUUUGACUAUGUCGUUCUUCCUAAUAAAGUUUCUAGUUGAGAUGUCAUGCAAGCCUUAUCCUAUCCUUGACUUGGGGGCCCCUACACUUUUAGGUGAGCAAAACUGUGAGGAGUUGCCAGCCAAAAUGAUGAUCGAGACAUUUACCCUCACACCCCCAAACAAGCUGCAGAGGUUGUGACCAUGCACUAACUAUAGAUAUUUGCGGCUCACAACCAUAUUGGCAGAAUAAUGGCUACGUGGGGCAAAAUAAACCGCAUCUAUUCUCAUUUCUUGUGAAAGAGAGGUUUUGAAGAUUCUAACUAGGCGUUUGACUUAUUCUUUAGCACAACUGUGAUAAACCAUGGGAAUAUUUGUACCAUCCUACUGUAUGCUUAUAGAAAGCUUUAAUGAAAAUCAUUGAAGCUAACGACUAAAACUACGUUUUUGUUUUUCUCAACAAGUUGCAACGAAAAGGAAAAAGGAACUACACUACUUUCACUGCUUUAUUGGCUUUUAUCAGUAACUCAUUAUUUGUACCCAAUGCUAAACUUCUUUUUCCUUUUGUUUCAUUCUGAUUUAGGCAUGUUUCUUUGAGCAACAUUUGUUCAGUUUCAGUCAAUGUUUAUUCUCAAAGGAAUAAGUUGAAUUCGCAUAAUGUUAACAAGAAUGAUGUUGUCUAAAUAAUUUGUUACACCAAAAACAAAAGCUUGCGGUCCUUCUUGGAUCGUCUGGUUUAGAAUUUUUUGGUGAUAAAUAUCAAAAAAGCUAAUCCCUUAAAGAAUGACAAAAUUAUUUUAGCUAUGUAAGAGAAAAAGGAUGUACGUAGCAAAGUGUACUUUUGCUUGACUAAUUGAUCCUUUCACAGAAGAAAUUUUCUGACCCCAAUAAUGACUCACGUCUAAGUUGUCAAAAUCUAAAAUGUGGACCACCAUCAUGAAUGCAACUUCCACUAACCUUCUUAAUAAAUGCUCAAGUAAACAAGUGUUUUAUAGGACAAAACCACCAAUGAAUCUGAUGCUCA